AUGAACGCGCUCAGCAAGCAAUUCGGCCUUGAUGCGGUGCACCGUAUACUGCUCCAUGCCCAUCGCGUGACUUUCGACGAAUGGGUGCGAGGACCGACGAAAGCGCGACAAGAACGCAUGACGAAACAGACGAAGUACAUUCGCAAAGCACAACUGCGUCUACGAAGUGACGAAAGAGCCCUGCUCGAGCGUGCAAAGGUCCAUAAUGAUAUGGCGUAA